AAGCGAACUGCUACCUAGGACCACAUUUAAUAUUUUCCCACCAUAUUUACCGGCCGCCUGGGAUGAUGCGCCCCAAUAAACUUGUGCGAUCGACUGCGCUACUAUGAUCACCCGUCUUGGCAUAAAGGUGGUUGAUGAUGCAUGCAACAUGCAGGCAGCAGGACUGGUACAAGGCGAUGGAUAUGACGGAUGAUGGAGAGGAGGAUUAUAUAGAGACGCUCCUUUGCUACUAGGCGUCUUUCGUUCCCAGAACCACCUUUGCUGCAGCCUGGCAUUCUCUAAGAAGUCUCUCUCUCUGUGUAUAUAUUGGCAACCCCCACAAUGCGGUUUACACCCGGCCUGACUCUGUCUGCCCUGGCCGGAGCAGCAGCGGCCGCCAACUCUACGUACUACAACCCGGUGCUCCCCGGCUGGCACUCGGAUCCGUCGUGCGUGCAGGUGGAGGGGACCUUCUACUGCGUGACGUCCACCUUCAUCUCGUUCCCCGGCCUGCCCAUCUACGCCUCAAGGGACCUGAUCAACUGGAAGCACGUCAGCCACGUGUGGAACCGCGAGUCGCAGCUCCCCGGCUACAGCUGGGCCACCACGGGCCAGCAGCAGGGCAUGUACGCCGCCACCAUUCGCCACCGCGACGGCGUAUUCUACGUCAUCUGCGAGUACCUCGGCGUGCCGGGCAAAGACGCGGGCGUGCUCUUCACAUCCACCAACCCGUUCGACGACGCCGCCUGGAGCGCCGCCCUCACCUUCGUCGCACCCAAGAUCGACCCAGACCUCUUCUGGGACGACAAUGGCGACGGGAAAGUCUACGUCGCCACGCAGGGGAUCCAGCUGCAAGAGAUGGACCUCACCACCGGCGCCAUGGGCCCCGCGAUCGCGCUCUGGAACGGCACGGGCGGCGUCUGGCCCGAGGGACCGCACCUCUACAAGCACGGCGGCUACUACUACCUGCUGAUCGCCGAGGGCGGCACGGCAGAGGACCACGCCGUCACCAUGGCGCGCAGCACGUCCGUCACGGGACCUUACACGCCGUGCCCGCACAACCCGCUGCUCACGAAUCGCGGCACGCAGGAAUACUUCCAGACUGUCGGCCACGGCGACCUCUUCCAGGACACCGAGGGCAACUGGUGGGGCGUGGCGCUCGCUACCCGCUCCGGGCCGGAAUACAGGGUCUACCCCAUGGGCCGCGAGACCGUGCUGUUUCCCGUGACCUGGAACGACGGAGACUGGCCUGUCCUGCAGCCCGUCCGCGGCAAGAUGUCUGGCUGGCCGCUGCCUCACCAGACGAGAGACCUGCCAGGCACGGGGCCGUUUAACUCGGACCCGGAUGUAUACGAUUUCAAGACGAGAGGGGGAGCGAUCCCGCGGAACUUGGUGCACUGGCGGGUGCCCCGCGACGGUGCGUUCGAGGUGACAACAAGCGGGCUGCGGGUGGUGCUGGGGCGUAAUCGGCUGGAUGGGUGGCCCGGGGGCGACGAGCCGGCUGCGAUGGCGGUUUCGUUCAUUGGGCGGCGCCAGACGGACAGUCUGUUUCGGUUUAGUGUCGACAUCGAACUGGAUCCGACCGCGCACGGUCAGGAGGCGGGUGUGACCGCGUUUCUGACCCAACAGGCGAAUGUGCAGCUGGGCGUGGUCCUUGUGGAGGGGCAGCUGAAGUUCAGGUUUAACGCGUCGGGUGAGGUGACAGAGAAGGCGGUGCCAAAGGGGUGGGCGGGCAGGGCGAUUAGGAUGGAGAUCCAGAUGGCCAAGCCGACCGAGUAUGUCUUCUCAGCUGCGCUAGCAUCUCAUCCCAAGACGAAGGUUGAGUUGGGCACGGCAUCGGCAGAGCUGUUGAGCGGCGGGUCAGGGUCGUUCGUCGGGACCUUGAUCGGGGUCUAUGCAACCUGUAACGGAGCUGGCCAGGGAAUUGACUGCCCCGCGGGGACACCGAGUGCGUACUUCACGAGGUGGCGGUACACAGGGGGCGGCCAGUUCUAUACCGAGACCGAGACCGUUCCUCGUCGUGGAAGUGCCAGAAAUCUAGAAAGGGUAGAGGUGACAAGGGCCGAGCAGGAGGGAGUGCGCUAA